AUGACAGUAUUGAACUCAAAAAUUACGAAUCAGUCCAUCAAUGUACAGUCGGCCGUUACGACGAUAAUCAACGACACAAUGAUCACACUCACAUCAUUUACGGUGCCGCUGACGCCAACACUUGCAACGAAAUUCAUUUUUGAUGGGACACAUCUCGCGCUGUGGAACACUGGCAGGAAACUCAAUCUGGUAUGCGACUCCGAGGAAACAGCAGCCUCGCUUAACUGUAUGGUGAACACAGACUGCGUAUACCAACAGGCGGAAAAUAAAUAA